GGAAGCUACUCUUGGUCCUUUUAGUAUCAUAACAACAUAGACGCUGAUUUCAUGUAAAGAGAUUUGUAGCAUUAAAUGGGACUUCUUACCAUUCUCAAGAAAAUGAAACAGAAAGAAAAAGAAGUCAGGCUACUUAUGCUGUAUCCUUUAUUUUUUUAUUUAAAAGUAUAAAAGUUAACAUCAUUUAAUAGUUCAAAUAGGUCUUAGGAGCCUAAAGUAUUUUAGAAUUUAACAAUCAGUCACUCAGUCAUUUGGAGUUUGUGACGAAAAUAUUAUUAUAAUUACAUUAGAAUAAGACACUUAAACUUAGAUAGGCUGUGACUUAGUCAGGGUUAGUGCUUAUAUAAUUUUACCAGACAGUAUUGUGUAUACUGAUAAAGAAUAUAAUAAAUAGUGAUCAUAGUCAGACACUAUACUCACCAUAUAGAUAGUGAUAGUCUAAUCUAAAUAGUGACAGGACCGAUCAGAUCGAUAGUAAUAAGUCUAAGUACAUCAUAUAAUAUAUCAUAUUAUAUAACAUUAUUAUUAACAUGUCAUGUCAUUUCAACAUCAUUUGAUUAUCUUCAUAUUCCUUUUGAUUAUUCAUAGAAGAGAGAGGGAUAGUCAGUUAUAAUGUCAGGUCAAAGCAUGGUACCGGUAUUAAAGGAAAUGAUAAAAGAUACCCUGCACAUUUUUAUUUUACUUGGACAGUAAAGCUGAAAAAUAUUAAUUUGGUAAAUUUAAAGUCUCUGCGCCAGGGCGUUUCCCAUGGCCGCCAUCUUGGUUGUCAUGACCAAUGAAAAGUCACAGGUCAUGCAACCAAGAUGGCGGCUGUGUUAAAAAAAACUCAUGUCUGCUAAAAUUACAAACCAUAACACUAUUACUAACCCUAAAACUAUCCCUAAACCUAACUCUACCACUAAACCUAACCCUAAACAUAACCCUCAACUAAAAUAUGUCAGUGUGCGGCUACAGUUACACACUGAAACUGGUAAGAAAACUCUAAAAAUGAAGAAAGACAAUACAAAAUAAUUGUAAAAUAAUGAAAACCCAACUUACAGCUUCAUAGAAUACACUUUAACAUACUUUAUUUCAGGUUCCACCAAAAAAAAAAAAUCCAAAAGUUGUCAGAAAAUCAAAUUAAUACAAUAAUUAAACCCAUUGGAAAAUUUAAAUAUUAUAAUUAACCAACAAAUGAAAUUAUAAUUUACAACAACAUUCCAUCGUUGUAUUGAGGAAAAUUAAACUCUAGUAACAACAAGAAGAUCCAAAAAAAGGGAGAUAAUCCUACUCAGACACAAGCCAUGGCGAAGAGAACGUUAAUUGACCAUUAAUUUUAAUAUAGUUAUAUUCAAUCCAGGUAAAAAAUUGUUUAGCAUAAGGUAUAUUCAAACUUAAAGGCAAUACACUAGAAUGGACCUUUCGGCAUAAAACCUUCCUUAGCAAAAAUACAAAACAAUAUCAGAAAAAAAGAUAGGCACUUCGCUCUACAUGGUUGACAAAAGCAAUUUCCUUAUAAGGUGGGGAUUACUCAACUUAUAGCUGAAAUUUAUUAAAGAAAAUUAAUCCAACACUAACUAUUAUAAUAAUUUAUUGGCAAAGGAUGUAUUCCAUCAUCUGGAUGUCAGUUCCUUAAUUAUUUCAUUAGCGGGCUUGAUAAUGCUGGUAAAACAACCAUCCUAAAAAAGUUCAAUGGGGAAGAUAUUGACACCAUCUCACCUACUUUGGGCUUCAACAUUAAAACACUGGAGCACAGAGGGUAGGUCAUCUUAUUAUGAUGCUAUUCUAAUAAGUUAGCAUAUUUAUGUAUUAAUGGUUCAUGAAAAGGGAGAAUUAGAAACAAAGCAACAAAUUUUUUCCCCAAGUUUUAAUUUUAAAAAAAAAAUGUUUUUAAAAUCAGUAUUUAUCUUUACAGGUUCAAACUAAACAUUUGGGAUGUUGGAGGACAAAAAUCUCUGCGGUCUUACUGGAGAAACUAUUUUGAAAGUACAGAUGCACUGAUAUGGGUUGUAGACAGUGCUGAUCGCAUGAGACUCAGUGAUUGCAAGAAAGAACUUCAUAGCCUAUUGGUUGAAGAGGUUGCAUGAUGGAAAAAGAAUUCUAUCUCUGAAAUUUGUCUAAAAAAUUGAUAUCCAUCUCUAUUACAGAGCAUUUGUUUAAUAAAAAGAUAAUAUUAUUAAUAUUAGUUAAUAUUAGCACUUACAGAAUUUUACCACACCUUAGUUAACCAAAGUUAGAAAUUACAAAGAAAUAAUUACAUUCAUUCGACAAAAAUUAACUGCACCAGUAUUUAUUUGCAUAAAAAGGUGGUUAUUUGAUAUUAUGUUUUAUGAUAGUGAAAUUUUCCAAGAAUUAAAUUAUUCUCACCAUUAUGUUACAUGGAUCCCAAUUAAUUUUAUUUUCUUACACCUUUUCUUUAGCGUCUUUCUGGAGCAACUUUGUUAGUGUUUGCAAACAAGCAAGAUUUGCCUGGUUCAUUGACUGCAAGGGAAAUUAGAGAGGUUAGUCAUAUGGUUAUGUAUGUUAUUUUUCUUAGCAGUUUCAUCCAUAUCCUACCACUUCCAGAUCCUUGCAAAUACUUAUUUAUGUAAAAAAUACCAGAAUUUUAUUUUGAAAAUUGAAUACAAUUUAAAAUUUUAAAAAAUCUAUUUUAGUAGAUGAAAGGGCCAGAAUUAAGCAGACAAAUAUGCAAUCUCCUAAAGAAAAUUAGUUUCAAAAUCUGGCAAAAAUGUUACAGUAAUUAAACCAAUAAACUCAAAUCGAUAUUGUGCCAUAAAUAUGUGUGGGAUAAACAGAGCUGUGCAUCAUAGGGAUUAAAAAAAAAUAAAAAUUGUGUUUCACUUGCUCCUCCAGGCUUUGGAUCUAGAUUCCAUCAAAACACAUCAUUGGUUGAUUCAAGACUGCAGUGCAGUGACAGGUGCUAAUCUGUUGAACGGCAUGGACUGGGUUGUCAAUGACAUUGCUUCUAGGAUAUUCACAAUGGAUUAAAUUUAAUUCUUUAUCCUAAAUUAUUUCAGGGGUUCUUUUGUUUUCAAUAUUAUAUGUUCUUUGUUACAACCAGUUAAGUAUCUUAACUGGAAAUCUCAAAAUCUCCAGCAAUCUUAACAAAACUUUAAGACUCUUUUUAAGCGUGUAAAAAACAUUAUUUUGCAUCUAAAUAAACAUACACUUACUUUAGACAACAUGAUUUAUAUUUUUAAAUUUUCACUUGCAUUAAAAUUAUGAAUGACUCACGCUUAGUGAAUUUCUUUUUUUAAAGCUAGAUAUGUUAGUCUCCCAGUGGUUAAUGAGGAAGGAUAUAACUAAAAACACAGUAGGAUAAGAGAUUUAAAGAGAGACUUCAACAAUUGUUUUUUUUUGUGUGUGGCAAGUUUUAAGAACAUAAAAUGUGUGCAUGCUCUUUAAUAUUAUUGGUUUUCCAGCCUGUCAGUUAAUGUGUGCUUGCCUGGCAGUUUAUGUGUCCUUACAGUUACAAAGUCAACAUUUAUUUUCUGCAAUGCUUUAAAUGCUAAAUCUAAACUCAUAUUUUCUCAAAUGAAAUCGAGAUUUCAAUGAAUUCAAAUUUCAAAGGCAUUUAAUGGAAAUUUAUUAGUCAUCACAUGCAUUUCUUUUUUAACACAAUUUUUUUUUUUUAUUGUGCUUUAAAAAUCAUUUGGAAUCACAUGAUUGUGGGCUUUUAAUAUUUACAUAUUCUUGAAAGGUAUGAGACAGAGAUUUUUUUUGGAUAUUAAACAUGAUUCUUUGAAAUUCUGAUUUUUUCUUUAUUUCUUUUUAUCUUAAAAUUGCAAGAAAUGGGUUAGAUAAAAAUGGUAACUCUCCACAGUUGUAUUCCAUUAAAACAACAGAAUUAUUUCAAUAUGUUUUAGAGAGCUCUAUUCAUUAUCACUGUAUGAACUUAUUCUUUUUAAAAUGCUCUUUGAUUAAUUAAAUUUUAUGCCGUUUGAAACCAAGACAAUCUAAAUCUGUAUUGUUUUGUGUUGUAAGUUAUUUAAAGUUUUUUUUUUUUACAAAAAUAAUGGUUGGAAAUAUUUUAGUUGCACAAUUUUAAUCUUUUCAUUUUAUAUUUUCAUAUAGGUGAUACCUGAAACUUUAAUACUGUAAGCCAUAAGCAUAAGCAAAUGGCUGACAAUGAUAAAUUCUCAAUCCUAAAAGAAAGAUAUAUUUGGUCAGUGUAGAAAAUAUUUUAUAUAGAUGCAGCAUACAUAAUUAAUUGAUUAGAUUUAUCAGCUGAACCUUAUAAAAUUCCUGGGCUAUCAUUUGGAGAGGAAUUUGUACGAGUUUAAAAGAACUCUGUUACAAUUUCACUUGUACAUUUAGAGUGAUGGUUAAAAUAAUUUUGAAUCUAUUUUAUCUAAAAUGAAGAAGAUGAACUGAAUGAUCCUCCUAAUAUGCAGAAAACAUUAGGUGUCAUAGUGAUCUUGUAUGCUUUCAAAGUUGAUCGCGAUAGUAACAUGAUAAAAGAAAGACUCUCAAAUUCUCUAUCAAUUCUUUUCUUAUUGUAAUCUGUCUCCAUCAUUUUUUUUUUGUCAGGCAUUCAAAAUUUUAGUGGUUGUUUCUAAUUACAUUUUUAAUUUAUUAGACCAGUCGGGUGCUUUAUUUUACUUUCUUCAACUGAGUAGCUAAUUUGAUCUCAACUGAACAUGAUUCAUUCUAAGCUCAUCUUAAUUAAUUAACCCUAAUGCGGUAUAUUUUCAUUGAAAAAAAAAAAAUAUUAUUUUUAUUUUGUAUAUAUCUGCAAUGUUGAGAUACCCAUAUAUUUGUGAUGUAUUUAUUUGAGCCUAGCUUUUUAUUCCAGUUUUAAAUGAUUUUAUUACAUUUAUUUAUUUUUCAGCUUUCUUCUUGCCAAUUAAGAUAUCUUCCUCUUAUCAACUGUGAAAGAAAAAAAAAAUUCAGACUUUUUAUCCAGAAAAAAAAUUUCUUUUUUUCUUUUGGCCAGCACCUUUCAUAACAUGACAUUGUUGUAC